ACGGCCAGAUGAUGACGCGUAGCUGGCUAAACUGAAGAGUGCAAAAUUCGGAAGUGUAUCUUACGGAUAAACAAAACAAGCGGUUAUGUAAACCACGCGCCGGUGCUAGAAUUAAAAGUCUGCUGAACAUAUCAUACAGUAUUCACCAUGUUGAUGGCGGUGUGUGCAAAUCUGUGCCGCUACAGGCACGUGCAAAGUGCAGCGGCAUGUGCCACGCGGAGUCUUUAUUGGGGACGCAUACACGCAGACGUGCCCCUGGCCAAUGGCCUUCAUCCGAGCAUCUAUGCUCUGUCGGCGAGGCAAUACGUGCAAGCCCCAGAGACGCGCCCAGUGCCAGAUGAGAGAUCGACGGCGGGACUGCAGAAGCAGGAACAGACGGAACAGCGUCCGGCCACUUCCUAUAUGCCCGUCAGCCAGCAGGCAUUGAGCAGCCAGCCAAUCCAGACGCAGCCGCAGCCGCCGCCACCACAGCCGCCCACAAUGUCGGACAAGGAAGCGCGGAUGAACAUGCCCGCGAAUGUGGUGAUACCCUACAACAUCGAUUGGAUAUUCAAAAGGAUGCGCUGCCCGUCAAGAGUCUGGUGGCUGGCCAGCCAAUUUGUCAUCACUGCGGUCGGAAUCUUCAGCAAGAUUCUACUGAUGAUCGUGAACAAAACCCGCGUAUACAACAAGGAACUGCUCGUUGACCUGAUAUCGAAGCGUCCCAAGGGUGUGGGGCUGCUGACCGUCUCCAAUCACUACUCCUGCUUCGAUGACCCCGGCCUGUGGGGCAUGCUUCCACUGCGUCAGGUAUGCAAUAGCAGUUGCAUUCGUUGGUCGAUGGCUGCCCACGAUAUCUGCUUCACCAACAAGUACCACUCCAUAUUCUUUAUGUUCGGCAAAUGUAUUCCUGUUGUGCGCGGCUAUGGUGUCUACCAGGAGGCCAUCAAUCUGUGCAUCGAAAAGUGUGCGACGGGCCAGUGGGUGCACGUGUUUCCCGAGGGCAAGGUGAACAUGGAGAAGGAGGAGUUGCGACUGAAGUGGGGCGUGGGCCGCAUCAUCUACGACUCCCCCAAGAUGCCCAUUAUUCUGCCAUUGUGGCACGAGGGCAUGGACGAUGUACUGCCAAAUGUUGAACCCUAUGUGCCGCAGUGGCGCAAAAAGGUCACCAUAAAUAUCGGCCAGCCCCUGGACCUGAAUGACUUUGUCAAAGAACUAAAGAAAAAUCAAGUGCCCGAGCAAACAGCACGGAAGCUCAUCACCGACAAAAUCCAGGACGUAUUUCGAAUCCUGCGGACUGAGACGGAGCAAUUGCACAGAGAGCGUCAGUAGAGAUUUGAGAAUGUAGUUCCAGCAGCAUUCAUAUUUUAUAUUAUUUAUUGAUAUUGUAUUAAGCCCAAAACGAAGACAAGCCUGGAAAAACCUAGACAUGCGCGUCCAUCGACUACGAUUAACAUUUGACGUGUUUAUACAUUGUUCGAUUUUGGCUAUUAGGCUUGGCUGAAGAGACCUCUUUAAGUGAAACAGUGUGCAUUAUUAAAUAAAUAGUUUAAAAUUAAA